UCCAGUUACGCAUUCAUGCACUGAUUCUUACUCGCAUACCUUGUAUUUAUGUUGCAUUUUAUUGUUUGUCAAACCUCUUGAGUUAUUUCCCCACAGUUAGUUUUGUUUGGGUUGUGACUUGCCGUCGAGCCAGGCUUGUUACACGUGGGGCCUCGUCUAAUUUAUUAAGUUUAAUUUAUUAAGUAUUUUGAGUUACAUUUGUACUUAAGUUUAUUUGCUUAACUUAAUAUUUGGGUUAAAUUUUGGUUAGUUUAUUUUGUGGUUUUGCAUUUGUAGUUUGGCCUUGUUUGAUCUAAUUUGUAAUUCUGUUUUUAGUCGUUUCAGUAGGUUAUUUUGAUUGUUCGUUUUGUGUGGGGAAAUUUGGUUUGGGCCAGUUGGGGUUGAGAGCAGUUAGCAUUUUUCUUUUGUGCUACUUUGGUUAGAAGGUCACAUCUGGGCCUAGUACUGGGUUUAGCCUGGUGGGAGUCCUCCCCUGUUAGGUUUAUCAGCGGGUCACAAUAGGUGGCUCGUGGUGUUUUUGUUGUAGGUGGCAGCGAGGUGGGUAGAGCUUCCCUGUCCCCUUUCGUCGGCUCGGGUUCACGUCCGUGGGAUCCUAUGGGUGGCUGCAGGUGCAGGAGCUCACAGCCCCAUUGGUGCAGUGGCAUUUAGGGUCACUGGUGAUUAAAAAAAAAACCUUCUGCCAGACUGCACGAAGACUAGGGGGCAGUUAGCUUUUUCUUGAGUUUAGUGGGGUGGAGCUCUCUACCAAUAACCCAAUCGGGGCAGCUGGUGAGUUUUCUAAACUUGUUUAGUUAAUUUGGUUGGUCUUUCUGACAUGAUGUCCUCCAUGUUAGCUAGUUUUGUUCAGUCACCUUCAGUGUUGGCUUUGGAAUUGUGCACAAAAGAACAGUUAUUGGAGAUUGCAGAGCAUUACAAAAUUUUUAUAGUGGAUAGGAAGUUAAAGGAAACAGUUAGGGAUUCACUAAAACAAGGUCUUUUGGACGCUGGUGUUCUUUCAGUCGGGUGCCAGUCAAGGGGCAGCGGUUCAGUCUAGUCCAGUCAUGUUAACUUUUGAGCAGCAGAGGGAGCUGUUGCAGAUGCAGCUAGAACUGGAAAGGCUGAGAAGUGGCAUGAGACCAGGGGUUGAAAGGGAGCCUCAGUUUGAUGUUUCACAGAAUCUUCAUUUAUUACCUAAAUUUGAUGAAUCAGAUCCAGAUAUGUAUUUUAUUUUGUUUGAACGCAUUGCUGAUGCUAGGGCCUGGUCAGAUGUGGAUAGAACUACUUUGUUACAGUGUGUGCUUACAGGGAAAGCACUGGAGGCUUUUUCAGCAUUAAAUGUUGCAGAUAGUAAGGUUUAUGCUACUGUUAAAGCGGCAGUCCUUAAAGUCUAUGAGCUGGUACCGGAAGCGUAUGUCAGUGUUUUCGGUACAGGAAGAAGCAGGAUUCACAGACUUAUUCUGAGUUUGUAAGGGACUUGUCAAAUGCCUUUAGUCAAUGGUCUACAGCUGCUGAAGUGGUUACUUUACAGGAUUUGUCUAAUUUAAUUGUUGGAGCAAUUCAAAAAUUCUGUACCUGAUUCUGUUGCCACAUACGUUAACGAACGGAAAGUCAAGUCUCCUAGUGAAGCAGCUAUUCUGGCAGAUGAAUGUGUUGACCCAUAAAACUCGUUUUGACUCAAAUAGGGAAGGUCGUAAUAAAAGUGAAUCUGUUAAAACAUAAGGCACCACUGCCUGGGGUUUCUUUCCAAAAACCUCAGCGAAAGUUUGCUAAUGUGGGAUCAAAAGGACCAGUUAAUGCAAAUAGCUGUAGAUACUGUUUGGGUGACAUUGGAAAAAAUAUUGUCCUUUGCUUAGCUCCAAAAGGUCGGAACAAGUAAAGCCGGCUGUGUUGGCAGCUCCGGUUACAAGUCCUGUUGCCACACCUGUCCACCAGGGUGAACUCUACCACCAACAGGUUAAGGUUGGUUUUGAAUCUACCCAGGGUGAGUUUUCAGCUUUCAUUUCCGAUGGGGUUGUCUUUGUUAGAUGGGAAUCAAUAAGUUCCAAUUAAAAUUUUGAGGGACACAGGAGCUUUGGAUUCUUUUAUUUUAGAGUCUGUGUUUACAUUUUCACAACUGUCAGAUACAGGACGUUGUGUUCUAAUCCGUGGAAUGGGUUUGUUUCCUUUUUCAUCCCCUUUACAUAAAGUUAAUCUUGUGUGUGUGGUUUGGUUGAGGGUGAUGUUGUGGUUGGUGUCAGACCCAGGUUGCCAGUGGAUGGUGUCCAUAUGAUUCUGGGAAAUGAUCUGGCAGGGGCGAAGUGUGGGCAGAUGGCAAGCCUAACAUUUUCAAGGAGUUAACAGUGCCCUCUGCUGGUGUGUUCCCAGAUUGCAGUCUAGAUGUUUUCCCAAGUUGCGUUACUACUUGUGCUGUUUCUCGGCGGAAGGAGGCAGAGAGCCGGCCUGAUACUCUUGAGUUGCCAACUGAUCUUCACAUUGGAAGCUUGACAAAUUUGAGAGAUUCCUUGAUAGCAGAGCAAAAGGGUGACAAAUCUUUGGUUGAAAUUUUUGAUAAAGUUGUUCCUGAAGUAGCAGUGAGGGAUAGUGCUCAAUGUUUUCUUCUUGAUGGACUGUUGGUUAGAAAAUAUGUUCCACAUAAUGAUCAAGGUUUGGGAGAAGCAGUUUUUCAAAUAGUACCAACCUCCUUGCGUGGUAAAGUCCGUCAGACAUCGCAUGGUGUUGUGGCUGGUCAUCUAGGUGUGCGGAAAACUUAUGACAGAAUUUUGCGUCAUUUUUUCUGGCCACACUUAAAGAGGGACGUAUCAAGGUUUAUUAAAACAUGUCAUACUUGUCAACUUACUAGUAAACCUAAUCAAGUUGUUAAGCCAGCACCCUUGUAUCCGAUACCGGCAAUUGGUCAGCCAUUUGAACAGCUCAUCGUUGAUUGUGUUGGGCAUUUACCACGUUCGAAAUCGGGUCAUAGCUACUUGCUGACGGUAAUGUGUCAAGCAACUAGAUAUCCGGCUGCCUUUCCUUUGCGUACGAUCACUACCAGGUCUGUAGUUAAAGCUUUGACUCAGUUUAUUUCUACAUUUGGUAUUCUGAGGAUCAUUCAGUCAGAUCAAGGUUCAAAUUUUACUUCCAAAAUGUUUGUUCAGAUUCUGAAGCAGUUAAAAGUUAAGCAUAACAAGUCAACAGCGUAUCAUGCUCAGUCAAGGAGCAUUAGAGCGUUUUCAUCAAACUUUGAAGUCGUUGCUCCGUGCAUAUUGCACUGAACUAUCUGCUGAUUGGGAAGAGGGUUUACCUUGGCUUUUGUUGGCUGCUCGUGAGGUAGUGCAGGAAAGUACAGGGUUUAGCCCUAAUGACUUAGUGUUUGGGCAUAAGGUUAGGGGUCCUCUAGCUGUUCUCCAGGAGGGUUGUUUACCUGAGGAGCCACCACAGAACUUGAUUGCUUUUGUCAGUGGGUUUAGGUUUAAGUUGUCCCGAGCAGGUGAACUUGCAAAACAAAAAUUUGUGUUCUCAAAAGAAAAUGAAGCAAAAGUAUGAUAGGGAAUGUGAAUUGCUUGAGUUUUGUCCUGGGGACAGAGUACUUGCUCUUUUGCCACUGGUUAAUUCUCCACUUCAGGCAAAGUAUUCUGGUCCUUAUACAGGUCUGCGAAAAGUGUCUGAUCUAAACUAUCUCACUGAAACUCCUGGACAUAGGAAAACUUCUAAAUUGUAUCAUGUGAAUGUAUUGAAAUCUUACCACUCUCGAGAUACUGGUCAUGUGGAGAGGGCAGCAUUGGCUGUUGUGCCUGUUACUGCCCCUGGUGGUCUUGAUCGUGAGGAGGGGGGAGAAGAGGUAGCUUUGGCUGCAGAUGAGAUUUUGAGAGGACGGUUAAAGAAUUUGCAGACUUUGGAAAAUCUUGGUACUUUAGUUAACCACUUGGAUGUUGAGAAGCGUACUCAGUUAGUUGGACUAAUUAAAGUAUCUAGCUUUAUUUUCUGAUACUCCAACUCAAACUCAUUUAAUUGAACAUGACAGACAUCGGAGAUGCUAAGCCUAUUAAACAAAAAUUUUAUAGGGUUUCUGAGAAGAGGUGACAGUUGGAUUCUGAGGUACAGUAUAUGUUAAAUAAUGGUAUUGCAGAACCAUCCCAUUCUGAUUGGGCUUCACCUUGUUUGCUGGUUGAAAAGCCAGACUCUACUGUUCGACCAUGUACAGAUUACCAAAAAGUAAAUGGCAUUACAAAGCAGAUCUCUAUCUCUUGCCUAGGAUGGAGGACUGUAUUGAUCAGGUUGGGUCUGCAAAGUAUGUAAGUAAGUUUGAUCUUUUGAAAGGAUAUUGGCAGGUUCCACUUUCUCAACGGGCACGUGAGAUUGCUGCUUUUAUAACACCGUCUGGUUUAUUUUCGUACACAGUGAUGCCUUUUGGACUCCGGAAUGCUCCCGCCACCUUUCAGAGACUGAUGAAUCGUGUAGUCUCUGGUCUAGAAGGGUGUGCAGUGUAUCUUGACAAUGUGGUUGUCUACUCGGAUUCCUGGGAGGAGCAUGUCCAGAGAGUGUAAGCCUUGUUUGAUCGGCUGGUGUGGGCCAGGUUGACUGUAAAUUUGGCAAAGUGUGAGUUUGCCAGAGCCACAGUCACCUACCUUGGUAAAGUGGUGGGUCAAGGUUUUGUCUGUCCCGUGGAGGCUAAAAUACAGGCUGUAAAGCAGUUUGCUCCCCAGACUACUAAAAAGGAGCUUAUGCGCUUCCUUGGGAUGGCUGGGUACUACUGUUCCUUCUGUAAAAACGUUUGUGGUAGUUGCCCCUCUGACCAACCUGUUGAAAGCCAAGGUUGAGUUUUUCUGGUCCCCCCCAGUGUCAGGAGGCCUUUGAGUUAGUUAAGGCAUUGCUGUGUUCCGCUCUGGUGUUGGCAGCACCAAAUUUUAGUAAACCUUUUAAAUUACAGGUGGACACCAGUCAAAUUGGUGCAGGUGCUGUACUUCUACAGGACAAUAAUAACUUUGAGUGCCCUGUAAGUUUCUUCUCACGGAAAUUUAAUAAGUAUCACUUUAAUUAUUCUGUAAUUGGAAAAAGAGGCUUUGGGUCUCAUUUGGGCUUUACAGCACUUAGAGGUCUAUGUAGGUUCCGGGUUGACUCCGUUGACUGUAUUCACUGAUCAUAAUCCACUGACCUUUUUGAAGUCUCUGCAGAAUCCCAACCAGCGCCUUAUGCUUGGGCUUUGUUUUUACAACCGUACACCCUUGACAUGAGACACAUCAGUGGUAAAGACAUUAUUGCUGAUGCUCUUUCCUGUGCUCCUCUAACCUAAUGUGUUUCUCUGCUCCUUUUUGCCUCACUGUUUGUCCUCCUGCUCUUAAACUGCUCCCCAGGUACCAGGGCUGCUGGGUGGAGGUACGGACGGUUGGUAGAAGGGUGCAGAAAUUACUGUAUGCACAGGUGACGGUGAGAGUGAUGGAUCUGCCAUGAGGUGUGCACGCUGUCUGCUGCGGGCUGACUCGGUCAGAUCUGCGGUUCUGAUCCAGCAGCAGGUGUUGAGGCGUUUCCAUGGCAGCCCGGUGUGCACAAAGAGUCGGCCUGCGCUCACGGACGUUUCUCACAAGUGCAAUGAAAAGAUAGGCAAGUCUCUGGUCUCCCAGGACGACCUGUUCGAACAGAUGGCCAAGGACCUCAAAACCAAGGCCACCUUCAUCAAGGCGGUGGACACCUUCACUAGCAGGGACAUGAGGCGCCGGGGUCACGUGGAGUUCAUUUACGCCGCUCUGAAGAAAAUGCCGGAGUUUGGCGUGGAGCGAGACCUUUCCGUUUACAACAAGCUACUGGAUGUUUUUCCCAAAGAGGUUUUUGUGCCGCGGAACUUUAUCCAGCGAAUGUUUAACCACUACCCGCGACAGCAGGAGUGCGGCGUGCAGGUUCUGGAGCAGAUGGAAAACUACGGUGUCACGCCCAACGUGGAGACCAAGGUCCUGUUGAUGCAGAUCUUUGGAAACAAAAGCCACCCGAUCAGGAAGUACCAGCGCAUCAUGUACUGGUUUCCCAAAUUUAAACAUACAAACCCAUUCCCCGUCCCACACCAGCUGCCUGAAGACCCUGUGGACCUGGCUCGCUUCAGCCUGACCCGUAUCGCUGCAGAUCUGGAUGCUAAAGUCACAGUAUACCAGAUGCCGUGUUCAGACGUAACGGAGAGCAGAGAGCAGCUAACGCUUCCACAUAUUGUCGGAAUCCAGAGUCCGAGCCAGAUGGAGCUGCUGGCCAAACACAACAGCAGGCGGCCCGUGUUUGUGGAGGGACCGUUUCCGCUGUGGCUGAGAAGAACUUGUGUCCAUUACUACGUCCUCAGAUCUGAUCCCACACCUCCCGAGGAGAAGGUAGAGGAGCCGUAUGAUCCAGAAAGGUGUUUCUACUAUCCCCUGCAGCUGGAUCUGGAUUUAGACCGUGACCUUGGCGACGAGGAGAGCUUCGAUGUGGAAGACCUGGAUGAGGGUCCGGUCUAUGCCAUGUGUAUGACGGGUCGCGGGGAUGAGGCCACCCUAAACCAAUGGAUCUCUGGCCUCCAGCAGGCCAACCCCAUCUUGGGUCAUAUCCCCACCCUCUUCCGCCUAAACUCUGGCCCAAGAGUGCUGGAAGACACAGCCAGCACUGAGUCAGACCCCCGCCACCAACCUGACCCAGAAACCCAAUCCAGACCGAUGCCACAGGCCGAAGAAGAGCCUGAGGUUCUAGAGGAAGUAGAGCUGAGGAGAAGCCAGGGGAUGAAGAAAUGAACAUCAGAAUGAAAAAUCCCGGGUGUUUGUCCGGGAAGGAGAGGUGCCGAUGUGAUGUGACGUUCUGGAGGAGGAGACCCAGCAGACCCCCAAGCAGGGCUCCAGAACAAAUCCUGACGCAACUUCAUGAAACAUACAGGCUCCGCCCCCUUUACCAAACCCACCCCACAAACUAACAGAGCGAUCGUUUAGACCUUGUUACUGGUGGUUUCUGCGUCUGUAUUUAAGUUUGACUGAUUUUCAGAAAGUCUUCAACGAUAAAAUUUAAACUAUUAAAAAAAAAUAUAGUUCCUGUCACUGAAACAUUGGCUCAAGUCUUCAUCGAGGCUGAACAGCAAGAAUGAUUGAUCGUUAAUUACAGAGCGAUUAAAGCCGUGACCUCACAAACAUCAUGUCUUUUUCCUCAACACCCAGUCCACGAAAGCAGUGUAGGAACCAGAACACAUCCUUGAGGAACACCAGAAUUCUCAGACAAGAAGUCGAUUCUUCUCUAGGGUCAGGCAGAGAGACAACCAGUAGAUGGUUAAGUGCAGCUUUCAGAAUCCAGAUUGGACUUUGCAUGAUGUAGAUGUUCCACACAGUAUGAGGUGGACAGAAUCAGAAGUGUUUGUGCUUCUGACACUGGCCACCACUUCCAGAAGGACACUGCUCACUUGAUGUCUCGGCUGCCUACGAGUAGUUUGGGGCUCAGGUUUAAGUUUUGCAACAGCUUCAAAUGCUUCUUGAUAUCUUGUGGCGUAGCAGAAUUCUGAUUUUGUCCAUUUUUGGGGGAGUUUCUACACCCCCUUUCUGCACAAAACAUACGAGUUCUGGCUGUGGAAUUUAAACCAGAUACCACUCUGUACCCUUUGUCUUUCUUCCACCCAUGUGUGAUGGCACAUGUAGGGGUGUCUGUUCUGAACAGUACCUCGAAAAUCAUGCACAGCUUCAUAAAGUGAUGAAUUAGCGUUCAGUCGCAAGGUCUCACUAAGCACUGGCUGUUUUCUCUGAGCCUGUUACAUGGUGCCCCCCCAAAAUCAGAAGUUCAAAGGUCACACUUCAGUUUGCUUCAUCCAACAACUGGAUCGGCUAUGAAUUGGGCUGGAUACUGUCCUCUGUCUUGGAGUGAGAUAUCCCACUCCUAAACGACCAAUAGGAGAGCAGCGUUCGCGCCACAUCAGCGUGAGGCUGAUGUCAGUGGCUUGGCCGCCAACCAAUCACAGGCUAGGAGAGAGAGGCCAGUAUCUGGCCCAAUUCAUUGCCGGUUGUCGGGCUACAGUUUGCUUAGAUCCAGGCUCCACCUCCCUGUGCUGAGUAUAUUGUCAGUGUGCCAGCAGGGGGAGCUGUCUACUCCACAGCCAAGCACCAUGAAUUGAUCAGAGCAAAAUCAGAAACUCAACGUAAUAGUACUCACACUACACGUGCACUUAAUGAAGUACUUUGUUUUUACCUUGAAGUGUCCGUUUAGGGACAGAGCAUCCGUGGACAGCUUGGAGCUGGAGUCACUAACUGGCGGUGCACAAAGUAUUCAAAAUCACUAUAUAUCCAGUUCAAAACUUUACAAACUAGAAAAAAAAAAGUACUCUAUAGUGACCUUUACCUUUUGACCCUGGUGUCAGUGGGCUUCUUGGGGUCACUAUGGCUAACACACACACCAACUUUAAUGACAAUCAGGCAAUUUGUAAAUAUGUUACUACACUUGCAAGAUUUAUUUAUUUUGGCACCAGUCGGUCAGUUAAAAAGUUAUUGUGCUCAUAAAAUUUUUUACAAAGUACACACCUGUGACCUUGAGCUUUUGGGGUCAAUAUACAUAGCACAUAAGUUUGGUGGCAGUUGGGCAGUUUUUAAAAAGGUUUUAUGACAGUCUGAGCACAACUGAACUAACCUCGCUCAAGGGUGAACCGCUGCAUAACUAUCUGUGUGACGCCCCGCGCAGAGUGACGUCUCACUGAGGUGGAAUAAAAACAUGUCGCCAUCUGGUGGGCUAGGAAAAAACAGCAAACUUCAUGAGGCCUCAUGUGGCCAUUGCUGCCUGACAGCAAAGGGUUCAACUCAAGGUUGUAGUUGAAGGUGCACAGUUUGAAGCCAAUCAAUAAAAAAAAAAAACUGUCUGAGUGGUUACUGAAACUAAUCACAGAAGGAGGCUGAAUGUAGAAAAUGUUUAUUAAUGUAAAGGCAUUUAAACAUUCCCUUUUAACCAAUAAACAAGUCACACUUACAUUCUCAAAAGGUCAAAUUACUCUCCGCCUGUUUUUUACAACUGUGGUCUUUUUUUGUGUGUGUGAUUUUCACAGCUUUGCGCUUUGUUGCCGUCCAAAAUCUGGAAAAUUGUUCUAGAGUUCUACUCAGAUACACAACUGUUCAUCCCUUCACUACUCAUGCAGGAGUAACACAAACAGCACACGUCUAACACAGAACCAACAUAUGAACGAUCAGCGAGCAUCACGACAAGAGAGUCAAUAAAUAAUAAAUAAAACUUGUCCAAAAAAAAAAAAAUCCCAGCAGUCGUAAAUACAGCGCAGGUUUUUUACGGGACAGAGUGCCGCUCGCAAAACGUGAUAUCGUAUAAAAGGAACGAACCAGGAUCACAGCGUGAACAGGAAAUUUAAAAAAAUGGAGGAACAAAGGCUGGAGGACGUCCGAACACGCACAACUGUACGUGUGACAUUUGACACGGAACAAAGAAAACACGCUGGCUUUUUAAUAAAUUUGAACCACCAGCCUUUUUUUGCACACAGGCUUAUUAUUGUUGCUUCCGAUUGUGGCAUGUUGGAAAAAAUGCAAACUAGAAAAUGUAGAAUGACUUCCAGGUGCUCAUCUGUAAGGGACCAAAAGUAUUUGGACAGAUACAAAUCUUUGAUAUGCUUCCAUUCCAACGGUCUGUUGUUAUGUCAUUUGUUUUGGGGGUGCAUUUUUUUCCUAACUGAUAAGAAAAUGUGCUGAAGGUCAUCAAGUGUUUCAUAUAUCUUGGUGUUAAUUUAGAAAUUGUGGGUGUUUUGGUGGCUUCCCUCACUUAGGCCUUGUGGCAGACACCUGAAAGUGCACAAGUCACUGCCAUCUGGAUUUACAAAACAUGAAACCCAUAAUUUUCGAGGUGUGUGUGUGUCUCUAUCCCUAUUUAAUAAUUAGGUAUGGUGGCCACCCCAGGGUUACAGGUAUAGUCAGGUCGGAGUCAGUGAAGAACUAUACAGGGUUCAAAAUUAAAAGAUGCUCCAAUCAUAUUGAAAGCUAUACCACAUUAUUUGUCUGAUCAGCAAGAUUCCAAAAAGGUAUAGUUUGGACUAUCUAUGACUGAGUGUUCU